AUGGCAGCAAACAAUGGAUACAUUCCUAAGGAAGACCAGUCCAUUAGGGAUGAGCUGUCCAAAUUGACAGAGAGCAUACGGUCCUGGGCCAAGAAACACUGUUUGCCUUCCCUUGCAGAUUUUGAGGAUGUCGCCGAAAUCGAGAAGGAUAUGGUCAUCCAUCAAUUGACCGAAUGCUGCUCUCAACAAGAUUGGAAUUCAAUGAUGAAGGAUAUCUCUAUCCCACAGAAUAAAAUCCCAAUGGUCCUCUUACACGCCUUGUUAGCGAAAGACUUGUUCGGAAGAAUGUUUACAGAUCCCUUUUUUGCGUUCCCAAAGAUUGACGGAGAUCACAAAAUCUCUGCAGCAGGGUACUUUCAAAGAAUAUACCACAUCAUGAUCAAAGCUGAUGAGCAAAAAGCGCACAUUUGGCGCUCGCAGACAUUGCAAAACCUUUCCACCACAAGGGAUCCCAACGCAGAGGCCUUUUUACAGGGCAUGACCAAGAAGCUAGUGUAUGGGCUUGUAAACACAUUCCUGACCAGUCCCGCUCGCACUCUUCUUCGUAAGGUUGGAAAUAAUGAUGCUGUCAACCAAAGGGGCCGAGAGCUCCUGUCAUUGUAUGAUGGGGCGGCACAGCUGGCACUCUCCCUCUGGACCCAACGGGCUUUCAUGAGCUGCCCAAACCUGCGAGAGCUACCAAGGUUUACAGUUUCAAACCCAAUGAUGCGCGCCCAUCGGCUCCAUCGUCUCGACGAAGAUGAUACAAGGCUGGACGGGAAAAGGAUACUUCUUUGUGUUCAGCCUGCCGUCCUAGCCUUUGGUUCCGAAAAUGCCGAGGACUACAACCAGCACAAGGUAUGGUCUCCAGCAGUUGUGGUAAUGCAUGAGAAAUAA